AUGCGGGUCCCUUUCCCUCUCGCGCUGCGCAUUGGCACCGACAUCGUUGCCACGAACCGAAUCUCGUCGCUACUCCAACCAGAUAUCAGACGCCUAGUCAGGCUCACCAAUCGUUUUCUCCUUCCCCAAGAGCUGGAGGAUCUCAGGCGCCGGUUUCCGCAUUGGAAAGAUGCAGACGCCCUGGAUCAGUCCGCGAGGAAACAGGUCGCCGCCUGGAUUGCCGGCCGUUGGGCCUCCAAAGAAGCAGCCAAAAAGGCCUGGGACGCUUCAUUACUCAGCUUUCGAGAUUUGAGAGUCGGAAUUGAAUCCGGCGGUGCUGUCCAUAUCAUCUGUGAUACCCGUCUGACAGACUCGGACUCGACCACUUCGGAUCAUUCCACAACCUCACCCAGCAGAGUGACCGAGCAGACUGCUCAACUCAGCAUCAGCCACGACGGCGACUACGCCAUCGCUACAGUCCUUGCGACACCAUUGCAUCCUGAUAUCUCGGCCGAGCUUGGGCGCAGGAAGACCGAGGCCGAAGCAAAGGUUAAAAAGGAUCAGUGGCCCUCUUGA